CAUUUUUCUCUCUCUCCGAGCUUCGAUCCUGCGUCUCUCUCUCCCUCCCUCUCAUGGCGGCGUCGAUUUCCGUUCAGCCGGGGAGGUUUAGGGUUUUGAAGGAAGGGGCGAGGCGCUCCGACGGCGAGGCCGGGCCGGUGGUGUACUGGAUGUUCAGGGAUCAGCGGUUGAGGGACAACUGGGCCCUGAUCCACGCCGUCGACCGGGCGAGCCGCGCCAACGUGCCCGUCGCGGUGGCCUUCAACCUGUUCGAUCGGUUCCUGGGCGCGAAAGCGAGGCAGCUGGGGUUCAUGCUCCGGGGAUUGAAGCAGCUGCACCGGGAGAUCGAGGAGAGGCUUGGGAUACCCUUCUUCUUGUUUCAGGGUGAAGCUGAUGAGACUAUACCAAAGUUUCUUAAAGAAUGUGGGGCUUCACUUUUGGUUACGGAUUUCUCACCCUUAAGAAAAGUUCGACAGUGUAAGGAGAAAAUUUGCGAGAGAGUUGAUGAUUCAGUGACAGUACAUGAAGUUGAUGCGCACAAUAUUGUACCUGCUUGGGUGGCAUCACAGAAGUUGGAAUACGGUGCUAGAACUAUUAGGGGAAAGAUCAAUAAAAUGCUUCCAGAGUAUCUGAUUGAUUUCCCUACCCUGCAACCGUCAAGUAGAAGAUGGGAUACCGCCCAUCGAUCAAUUGAUUGGGACAAUCUUAUUGCGGAUGUCCUGAGGAAAGGAGCGGAAGUUCCUGAACUCAGUUGGUGUAAGCCCGGGGAAAGUGCUGCACUGGAAGUAUUGAUGGGAAAUGAAAAUGGCUUUCUGACAAAAAGAUUGAGAAAUUAUUCAGCAGACCGGAAUAAUCCAUUGAAACCCAAGGGGCUUUCUGUACUUUCUCCUUAUUUGCAUUUUGGCAAGAUAUCUGCCCAGCGCUGUGCUUUAGAGGCACGUAAAGUACGGAAAAGUUAUCCUCAGGCAGUAGAUGCAUUCUUGGAGGAGUUGAUUGUGAGGAGGGAACUUGCUGACAACUAUUGUUUCUAUCAGCCUCACUAUGAUUCAUUAAAGGGGGCAUGGGAGUGGGCAAGGAAGACAUUGAUGGAUCAUGCCUCUGACAAGCGAGAACCUAUCUACACAAGGGAGCAGUUGGAGAAAGCCCUAACAGCUGAUCCACUUUGGAAUGCCUCUCAGCUUGAGAUGGUAUACCAUGGAAAAAUGCAUGGUUUCAUGAGAAUGUACUGGGCCAAAAAGAUUCUUGAGUGGACAAAAGGACCUGAAGAAGCACUUGAAACAGCUAUAUAUUUGAAUGACAAGUAUGAAAUAGAUGGACGGGAUCCCAAUGGUUAUGUGGGAUGUAUGUGGUCAAUAUGUGGUGUUCAUGACCAGGGUUGGCGAGAGAGACCAAUAUUUGGGAAAAUACGAUACAUGAACUAUGCGGGGUGCAAGAGGAAAUUCGAUGUUGAUGGAUACAUUGCUUAUGUCAAGAAGCUGGUUGGCGAAGUGAAGAAAAGAAAAGCAGAAACCGAUUUAGAUAAGGAAGCCAAAGCACUCUGCAGCUAAUAUCAGUUAUCUGUGGUUCUCAUUGUGUUUAGUAGUUAAGUAUUUCGGCCAUGGUUGCUUCUUAGGAUGCUCUGAUUGGAGAAAAAGAGACCAGAAGAUUGUUUUGUUUUAUGUUUGACAACUUGGAGAGUCUCGACAGUUCAGAUUAUGGUGUGGUCUAGAUUUGGUACAGGGAAUAGAAAUUAAGGCAGGACUAUUCAAGAUCAUUCUUCAGGAUUUUGUUGAUCUUAACAUUGUUGUAUUACUAGCAGUGAAUAUUAACCACCUUUUUGGGUAAAA